GGAAGAAGAAAAAAUUGGGCAACAGUUCAACAACUUUUUCCUACUAGUCGGUAGUGCUGUUGCGUUGGCGGUGCUGUCGCGCGGGCGUCUGUUUUUUUUUCCUUCUAAUUCUGAACAACAACAAUAACACAAGAGCAGCAUCAUCCAGUACCACCAACAACAACGAGAAAGUGUGUGACUAUUGAACAGCUGAGCAUUCCGAAAACAAACCGCCACUUAAUCUUACGUUGAGAAUAUGCUGGUGGACAUCCAGAGUGCAACGACAGCAGUCCUCAUGGAAGACGAAGAGAAUAUGACCGACUUGUCAAGGAGCGACGCCCUGUCGACUCGUCCGUCAGUGGCCGUCUCGCGGGCCGUUCAACAACUUCUGGAGCGACACGGCCUGGGUAACGUCAGCCGCCUUUCUAACGGGAACGUGACGGUCGGAGCGUUCGUUCAAGUCAACAACAAUAACAACAACUGUUUGUCGCUACAAUCAGUUGGGCCCGCUGAUGUCGCCGCAGGCACCGGGUUGUCGGUUGAGUCAGAAUCCGAUUUCGAUUCGGAUUCUGAGCCGCGGUUCAGACCCGAUCCGAUCGGCGGCAGCAGCGACGGGCACAGCAACAGCCACGAAGCCGGCUGUCAUCAUCCGGCGACGGGAGAGGUUGACUUGAACGGCAACAGCAGCAACCAACAACUCCAGCAAGCCGGAGCCGAUGCCGAAGCGGAAGAGCUCUCCAAAUUGCGAUGCCAAAGCGUCCGGACGGAAGUGUUGGCAGAGAAAUUCCGGCGUAAGAACCGAUGCGCCGACUACCCCGGUUUCGCUUUUGCUUCCUCUGUCUUCAGUUCUGAUACCAUGAUGAAAUUCAACAUAAUCAAAAACGAGUUGCACAAUAUCAUGAACAAUCAGCUUAAACGGGCCGAAGGUGAAGUCGCCGGUCUUAACCGUCGCGUCCAGUUGCUCGAGGAAGAUCUCGAGCGCAGUGAGGAGCGUUUGAACACCGCUACCACCAAGUUGGCCGAAGCCUCCCACUCGGCUGAUGAAUCAGAACGCAUCCGCAAAGCAUUGGAGAACCGUACUAACAUGGAGGACGACCGUGUGGCCAUUCUGGAAGCUCAAGUAGCACAAGCCAAACUGAUUGCCGAAGAGGCUGACAAGAAAUACGAAGAGGUUGCUCGCAAACUGGUCAUGUUGGAAGCAGAUUUGGAACGUGCCGAAGAGCGCGCGGAGCAAGGCGAAUCGAAAAUCGUGGAGCUUGAAGAAGAGUUGCGCGUCGUCGGUAACAACCUCAAGUCCCUGGAAGUGUCUGAAGAAAAGGCCACUGCCCGGGAAGAAUCGUACGAAGUCCAGAUCAAGACACUCUCCUCACGGCUUAAAGAGGCUGAAGCCCGCGCCGAAUUUGCCGAACGUUCGGUCCAGAAAUUGCAGAAGGAAGUCGACCGACUGGAGGACGAGUUGGUGCACGAGAAGGAGAAGUACAAGUCAAUCACAGACGAUUUGGACCAGACUUUCUCAGAACUCUCGGCGUACUAGAGAUAUCAACAACGCUACUGCUCCCUCUACCACUACUAUUCACUUUAGACGAACUGGUCCACGAGAAGGAGAAAUACAAAUCGAUUGCCGACGAAAUGGAUACCACUUUCGCAGAAUUGGCUGGCUAUUAAAGAACACCACCCAUGCAAAAGAAAAAGAAACACACCAGAGAUUCUUUAUAAAUUAUAUACCCGCACACCUU